UGUCUAAUACUGUAUAAUGUCUAAUGUAUAUUUCAAUUCAAUUUUAUUUGUAUAAUGCGUUUAACAGUGGACACUGUCACAAAGCAGCUUUACAGAAAUAUAAAAAUUCAGGAUAUAAAUUGUAAAUGUAUGAAUUUAUCCCUAAUGAGAAGCCAGAGGCGACGGUGGUGAGGAAAAUCUCCCUGAGACGAUAUGAGGAAGAAACCUUGAGAAGAACCAGGCUCAAAGGGAACCAUCCUCAUCUGAGUGACACCCGAUAGUGCGAUUAUAAACUCUUCUGCAGGUACAGAAAAUUAACAUCAUGGUGACUGUUGAACUUGGCUUUACCCAAAGAAUCACAGGAAAGUGGAAUCGCGUUUCUACAAUAUUGAGUUGCGGAAUUAUUAUUGUAAACGUUUGUCGAAAUUUGCCCUAUUGGUGGCGCUAGAGGGCUUGAGUGGCCUACACCAAAACUGCUGUGAAGGUAGCUGGGACUGUCUUCUAUCACUGUGCCUCAUUUCAUAAAGAGUAUAUGAAGCAUUCUGUGGGCUGCCAUAGACUCCUAGAAGAAGAAGACAAAGAAGAAGAAGAAGCCAUACAAGCACUAUAGGGUGCAUAUGAACCUUUGGUGCUUGGCCCCAAAAAACAGAUUAAAAGUCAUGCACAGGUUCUGGUUUGGUUCUGGCAAAAAGACUUGGACAAAAUGGACAAAAUGCUGUGUCUACAGAAAACUGUGUUUAGCUGUGUUAUAGCUAUAAAUCUGGAUCGUUAAUAUCCAGCAUAAGGCUAAUAAGCACAGCUAAACUUGGGAAGCCUGUAGAUGAUGAAGUCUGUGUAGAACAAGAGGCCUGUUGGUGGCUGUUAUUAUCUUUAACCCUGUUUUACAGGUUCACUGACGUGACAGGUUCAUACUCGUUAUGCAGAACUGCAUAAUCUGAAUUCCUGUCUUGCACUUUUGUUAAUUACUAAUUAUUACACCACAUUUCUGCUGAAUUCUGGAUUCUGAUUGGUCAGAAGGUGUUGAUUAAUUCUCUAUAACAGCAGCUCUGACAGUAGCGCAGGUUUAUGCAGGUUUAUUAAUGUGCUCGUUCUUAUACGUGACGGUUUCUAUAGCAACAGCUCAUUUACAGGGACGUGCACAGGGGACAGAUUAAUGAACAUGUUAUUGUUUAUAUGGUGAAGUUUUCUGUGAAAUGUUUAUUUAAAAAUUUAUGGAAGGAGUCUCCAUUAAUUUCCAUAAAGUGUCAGUAAUCUAUAUACAGUAUAACAGUGUGCAUUAAAUCUAUCUCUGUUUGUAUAGAGUUAGUAAAAAUUGUAGCACAGUACAGUUUCCUUUAACACAGAGGAAUACCAGUGGUGUGAUGGGCCAGAAGUUGUGUGUUGGAAAAGGGAAAACACCCAUCAGUGUAGCUCUGUGACUCUUCAGGCCUGGGUGUGACACGCCUGGUGUAAAGUCCCCACCUAGCAUCACGGUGCUGACUCGCCUCACAGCACAGCACAUAAAUAGAUGGCUUUCAGACUCCACACUGUUCCAGAACGAGCCGAUGAUCAACAGACAGCAGCAGUGGGAACACACACCCCGAGCGUAGCUGCAAGAUCCUAUCCUGACCUGACAUCUGUACACAAUGGCCAGUGAAGAUCGUGACACAAACGCAGCUCUGCAGGCUUCAGGAGAGCCCACUUUAAAAAAAGCAGCUAAAAAAGCACAAAAACAAAUGGAUCAGUUAUUUAACAUCUCACUUCACAUCGCUGUAACUGGAGAAUCAGGCACAGGAAAGUCAUCUUUCAUCAACGCAAUCAGAGAGCUGGACAAAGAUGAUGAAGGUGCAGCUAAAACUGGAGUUACUGAAACCACAACUGAACCAACACCUUACGAACAUCCCACAAUGCCCAAUGUGAUGCUUUGGGACCUGCCUGGAAUAGGAACCCCAAAGUUUAAGGCUCGGAAAUAUCUUAAAAACAUGCAGUUCAACAGGUAUGAUUUCUUCAUCAUCAUCUCAUCUGAGAGAUUUAAAGAGAAUGACAUCAUGUUGGCCAACGAGAUCAAAAAAAGAAAAAAGCUCUUUUACUUUGUGAGGUCUAAGAUAGACAACGAUAUUCGAACAGAAGAAACAAAAACGGGCUUUAAUAAGGAAGAAACGCUCUUACAAAUCAAAAGUAACUGCCUGGAAAACUUGAAGGAAAUUGAAAAUCCGAAAGUUUUCCUUAUAUCCUCAGAGAAUAUUAAAGCGUUUGAUUUUGAAAAGCUGAUUGAAACCCUGAUGUCAGAUCUCCCGCAGCAUAAACAGUCUGCUCUACUGCAGUCAGUGCCCAUCACCUCUGAGGCUAUGCUGAAGAAAAAAGUGAAAAUGUUUGAGAAAGCAGCAUGGGCUGCAGCCCUUUGCUCUGGCAUCAUUGCAGCAGCUCCAGUACCGGGUCUCUCCGUGGCAUGUGAUGCCAGUAUUUUAGUGGCUUUCUUUACAAGGUGCUACUACUCAUUCGGCCUUGAUGAUAAAUCACUUAAAAAACUCUCGGAACGAGUCAACAAGCCACAGUUGGAAUCUUUCAUAAAAUCACCUCUUGUAGUGGCGUUGACAACGAAAUCCACCGCGAGACUGUCGCUGUCUGCUUUAGCAGGAGGAGCAGCGCUGGAGUACCUGUGCAGCUUGGUUCCUGGGGUAGGAAGUGCUACGGCAGCUGGGAUAUCUUUUGUUUGUACAUUAACACUUUUGAAGAAUGGAUUGAAAGAGCUUGAAAAUGCAGCACUGAAAGUGCUGAAAGAGGCGGGGUUACAGUGACAUGGAUGAGACAAAGGAAUUGGAGCCAUUGCAGUAAUGAAAAUGCAGAACAUUCAGAAGCAGAACAUAUGAUUCAACAAUUAAACCCUUUUUGUGUUUUUUUGUAAACAAAAAGAGAUGUGUGCACACGCUGGUUGUGAAACGCGGUAUGACGCUGCUUGGUUACAAUCUGACUGAAGAAUUUUACCAAGAAUUUUAUUUAGGAAUCAGACUGACAUUAGCUAAAAUGUUCUCCAUGUAUUAUUAUGGAUUAGCACUAAAAGACACAGGGUGCUAUUCAUCUAAACUAACUUUCAAAUGGUGUAACUCUAGAAGGUCCUUAUGACUCCUGUCAGUGUCUAAAUGAUGUUCUAGCCUGCAGUAACCAGACACAUACACACAUCUCUGCUUGUACGAGAGAGAAAUCAAAGGCAUACGAGUCUCUUGAUGCUUACAACUUUGUUGUUUGUGGUCAUGUUCAAGACAAAAAAAUUCCUAACAUUAUUUAAAAACUAACAGCUACAAUAUCUUGGUUUGAUUAUUAUACUUUACUGCUUAAACAAUCUCAGGAAUAACUAGUUGUCUUCCAGCUUACAGUCACUUUCUUUUCCACAGGAAUCACAGGAAUUGACUUACAGCCUGAAUAUAAACAGCUGUUUUUCUAUGACCUUUCAGUUUCCAAGUGCAGAUUCACACAAAAGCAGCAGCUCUGGAUAGGUACACAUCACGUGACAGAUAUACUGGGGUUCAGAUUUAGAAAGUUAGAAAGCGAAUCUGAUGUUUGAUAUCACUAGUACAUGAUAUUAGGGUAGGGCUUGGCAGGCUGGAGGAGGUUUUGGUGCUAAUAUGAAAUCUGAGUAUCAUCAGUGUAGCAGUGAAAAUGAAGACCAUGGUGGCAAAUGAUCUGACCAAGGGGCAACAUGUAAAUAAUGAAGAGAGGCCAAGGACUGAUCCCUGGGGACGCCAUGAGGAACAGGGGAGGAUUUAUAUUUCUCAAGGAUUUAUAUUUCUCAAGAGUAACAAACAGAUGUAUUAGUAAUAUAGGAGAUGAGCCAGCUGAGCCGGUAACGCCAGUCGCAGAAAUGAGUGUGUCAUGGAAAAGAUUUUGACAUGCCUGAUCUAGACUUCCAACUGAAAGUCUCUGUUUCCAAAUUUAAAAACUUUAAAAUAGCCUGUGCUGACUCCACAGUCUGAGGCAUCUGCAGCUACUACAGACUGCAGUGAAGGAUUCGUAGACUAGUGAGGUGUUUCUUAAGACUCUGUUUGAAUUUGAUGAAGAAGCAGGAAACCAGAAACCUCAUGAAUGUCAAAUCUUUUCUGUAAAUGCUCAGUGUGUAGUGUGUGAGGUGUCACACCUCCUGUGACCACCAGAGGGAGCUGAAGCCUCAGUGGAGGAGCAGGUGGCAUCUGAGAGCAAAUCCAAUGCUCUUCUACAUCUCCUGUGAGCAGCAGAUCAACCACUGGCUGAUACCAACUCUGGUAGCUGUUGCUAAUAUUUUGUUGAAGUUAAAGCUUAAUUAUGGAUAUGAGGAUCUGCCACGUGCCUAAAAGUAAAAGUGUUGGUGUAAAUGUUUUGGUUUAAACACCAUUUUCACACACAGCUGACAUCAAAACCAAACUUCCUGUUUUCUUGUAAAGUUGGUGUAAGUUUAUAUAGCACUUUGUGUAAUUUUGUGGGAAAACCAUUUCAGCUUUGUGAUUUUAAACAGUGACUGAAAUCAGAUCCUGCUAAAAUUGAACUGAACUGAACAGAGAGAGAGAGAGAGAGAAACAGAGAGAGAGAGAGAGUCUAAUGUAUGGCACAUUUUUUCUGAUUUUUUUGUAUUAUUUAUUUUGUAUUAUUUAUUUUGUAUUAUUUAUUGAUUUUCUUUGGUGUACUUAGGUGAUGAAUGGUGUAAGUCUGUGUGGUUGGAGCUAAUUUUAGCUCCUCUGCUGACAUCUUCCACUGUAUACGUGGUUGCGUAUCUUAUCCUGUAUUGCUUAUUGUAUGGCUGGGUAAUUGAU